UAGCACAUCCAAUUUGAUCGAGAAUUUUUUUGUUUUAUUGAAUUUUUGAUCAUUGAUUUUUUUUUCUCAUUAAUUUGAUACGAAUACGAUAUGAAUAUCGAUAAACUAUAUCGUGUUAUUGGUGAAGGACUAAAAAGUUUAUUCAUCAAAACCGUUCGAAAACCUGUACAGAAAUUUAAUGUUGAAAAUCGUGCACAUCGAAAAAUUGAUCAACAACCAAAACGUGCACCAUGGCAUGAAACCACACAGAAAUUGGUUGAUGAAUCAAAAAAAGACAAUAGUUUAUUCAAACAAGCAAAUGCUAAAAAUGAAAAUCUUGUUGAUCGUUUAAAAUCGGUUAAAGUGGAUGCAUUCGAUAAAAAUCCUGAACCACAAUUCGGUAGUGAAGAAGAACAAUUAAAACGUCAACAAAUAUUACCAAAAGAAAGAUUCGGUGCACCAUUACCAUACGUAUUUUAUAAACCGGAACAAAUGCCUGUUGAUAAAAUUACCGUAUUAGAUAUUUUGGACAUAAUACUUAGCCAUAAACAAGAUAAACAUACAAUCGAAGAAAUUGCAGCCCAUUAUCAACUAUCAGAAGUGGAUAUAAAAAAUCUCAUCGAAUAUGUGGAUGUAUUUACGGCCAUCGAUAAAGAUGAUAAAGAGAUACAAUUAUUUGUUAAACGUGAUUAUGAUGUUGAUGAAGAUACAACAAUCGAAACGAUUGAAUCAGGAUUUAAGAGUAAAAAAUUGGAAAAAACCGAAGAAAUUACUGAUAAAUAAUUUUUUUUAUUGUUAUAUAU